GACAAACCCUCAACCGAUGACAUCGAAAGCAUGCCGAUAGAUCACCGGACCGCACCAGAACGGGAACGCAUGGCGGGAAAAUCACAGCGUGUGUUGGCUUGCCAACUGUGCCAGCAGCGCAAGGUCAAGUGCGACCGAAAGUUCCCUUGCGCAAACUGCACCCGCGCAGGCACCCCUUGUGCCCCCGCUACCCUCGUCCCACGUCAACGACGACGCAGGUUCCCCGAGAGGGAACUACUCGCUCGCAUCCGCCAUUAUGAAACACUGCUUCGUCAACACAAUGUUCCAUUCGAUCCGUUGCACCCGCCUGCAGUCAACAGUGUCACUAGCGAGACCACAGACGACCUGUCUCGCAUGGAUACUAGCACCCCUGACACUCCGCGCACCACUCAGUCGGACGCGGCCACCCAGGAGAAGGCCACUAAACCAAGAACGACGAAUCUGUGGCAUGCCCUGAGUCAAGACAACUCCGAGCUGGACGGUGGUAGUGAGAACGAUCCGGACGAUGACGAGAGGGACGGUCGAUUUCUACGUGACGACGAUGAUAUGGGCGACGUCAUCAAGAAUGUGUGGGAUCGCACCUACAACAACGUCUCCGAAAGCAGUCACCAUCUCCUCUUUGGCUCGCCGGUGAACACAAUUGCCCUAACUACGUUGCAUCCCGACCAGGGCAAGAUUUUCCGGCUCUGGCAGAUCUACCUGGACAACGUGAACCCUCUGUUGAAAGUCACCCACACGCCCAGCCUUCAGGGGCGCAUUAUUGACGCCAUCAGCGAUCUUUCAACCGUCACCCCACAGUUGGAGGCCCUACUCUUCGGUGUCUACUGUGCUGCUAUCCUGAGCCUAGACGAGGACCACUGUCAAAGCCUAUUUGGGUCGUUGAAGAAGGAUCUCUUAGCAGGAUACCAGUUUGCUUGCCGACAAGCACUGCUCAACUGCAACCUUUUGCAGUCAGACGACCAUGAUUGCCUUACCGCAUUCUUUCUUUACCUGAUUUCCCUGAAGCCAGGCGUGCACCCUCGGUCUCUAUCUUCCAUGCUAGCCGUCGCCAUCCACAUGGCGCAACGCAUGGGCUAUCACAAGGAGUCCAUCAACAAAGGUCGCCCAGUUCUCGAGGCCGAGAUGCGCCGUAGACUAUGGUGGGCCCUAGUGAUCUUCAACAGCCGCACCUGCGAGACGUACAACUACAGAACCAGUAUCCUAGCCCCGACCUGGAACUGCAGCACGCCGCUCAACCUGAACGACUUUGAGCUCCUUCCGGACAUGAAAACCGCCCCCGUCGUCCACGACAAGCCCACCGAGGCGCUGUUCGUGCUCGCCCGCAGCCAACUCAGCGAUUUCAUCCGCCACUGCGCCUUCCACCUCGACUUCACCGACCCCUAUCUCGCCACUUUCACCGAGUCCAAGCACCACCACACCACCGACACCACCCACGGCAGCAGCGGCACCACCAACCAACCCGACAAGGAAGCAAGCGACCCACUCCACAAAAUGCACCAAACCCUCGAACAAACCCUCCGCCACUGCGACCCCAACAUCCCCCUACACUUCACCACCAUCUGGACGGCGCGCGCCUUUCUCGCCCGCGGCCGCCUGCUCGAGCACUGCGCACGACGAGCCGCCGCACAGACCCCCCACACACCACCACACGGACUACCCUCGCAAAGGACACCACCACCACCCGCCCAAUCCCCGGGGGGCGGCGACGAACCGCCCGUGAUCACGCACGCGCUGGCGAUGAUGCGCUGCGACACGCGCCUGAUGGCGUCGCCGCUGACGCACGGGUUCCGCUGGCAUGUGGUCGCGCAUUUUCCGUUUCUGGCGUACAUCGCUGCGGCGGGGGCCAUCGCUGCUGCAGGGAGUGGGGGUCUGGGGAAGGGUAAGGGUGAUGGUGGGGUGGACAGGGACAGGGAGUGGGAGGCGGAGGUGUGGGAGGCGAUGAGCGAGAACUACGAGGCGAGGGGGAUGGAUGCGGAUUUUAGGGGGGGCGGGUAUGAGCCGGUGUUUGGGCUGUUUGCGGGGGUGGUGUUGAGGGCGUGGGAGGCGGUUGUUAGGCGGGGUGGUGGUGCGGGUGAGGGGAGAGAGGUGCCGCGGAUUGUGAGGGAUCUGAAGGGGAAGAUGGCGCUGAUCCGGGCAGAGGGGCGGUUGGGUGGCGGUACUGGCGGUGGCGGUACUAGCGGUGGCGGGGUUCAAGUUGUGCGGACUGGGAUGGAUGGCGGGUUGGCGGGUGGUAUGAUGCCAUCGAUGAGCGUCGGGGAGAGCGCCGGUGGUCAGGCGUUCGUGGGGGCGGGUGAUGGUGACUACGCUGUGGACAUGAUGUCAGGACAGGGCGGGUUGGCGUUUAUGGAGAUGGACCCGCUGUGGUCUACGGCGGACUGGGGUUUGAUGUAGGGGCGGCAGGCUCUCCUCCUCGACUGGCUUUGCCCCUUCCUUUCGCGGGGCAUUGCUUCCUAUGUACAUCCAUAUAUCAACAUGGAUGUGCUUGCCGUCCGCAGGGCCAGGCCUUGCGUAGGGCUGGGAUCGACCCCCCACUCUUUACCAAGCAGGCACACCCCGACCUUAUGUAGUGUGUUCUAGAUCUGUACGGGUAUUCCCGAGUAUGUCAAGAUCAAGUAAAAGCCUGGAACCACCGCCAAUAACCAUCGCCAAUAUCGGCCCGGAUC